AUGAGCCGAAGCCGAUGCUGCAGCCCCCGGUGCCACGGGCGAGUCCUGCCAUCCCACGGAGAGCGGGAGGCGCGGGGGGAAGCGCUCGGAGCCGUGCUGGAUCGUCCCACGGGAGCACGCACGGAACAGUCACCACGGAGGGCUGCUAACGAGAAACUAAAAGGUGUAUCGUUCAUCUUGGCAGGAAGCAAGGAUUGGACAAAUCCUGGAAGACUGACCUCGGCCAAGUUCCUGAUCCUCCCAGAAGGGCUCUGCAUACCCCAAGGGGACACGGGAGACAGUCUUUUACAAAAUCAUCUGGAGGGCAAGUCACGGGAGCUGUGUGACAAGCUACAACACUGGUGGUCCUUUAGGAAACAACGGCUGCACGUGGAAGGGAAAAUCCCAGCACGUCCACACUGCAGGCUGCAGAGGAUCCAGAGCCGGGCAGACAGAGCCCAGGAGGCCGUGCUGGCUCAGGUCCGGCUGGCACCUCCCAGCUGGGCAGGGGACAGAGCCAGCCACACCUCCAGCACAGCCCGGGGCUGCUCUGACAGCUCUGCUGGGGACUGCCGUUCUCACCUCUGCGGCGGGAUUUCCAGAAUCCCUGUGCAGGAGCGUUUGUGCUGGGGAAAUCCCGCCGCCGGCCAGCUCUCGGCAGCGCCUGCCGGCACAGGCGGUGCCAGGGCGGGCGAGGGCUGCUCAGAGCACCGAGCUCCUGAGCCGGACCGGGCAGGGGCUCCUCGGGGAACGGGAUCGCUCCUGCCCCCAGCAGGGCCCUGCUGCCUCCCCAGGCCACGGCUCUUCCCGAGCGCCAAGGGCCACUGGCUAUGGACAGCAGCUGCAAUCCUGGGAACAAAGCAAUCAGGCUGAAGGGGUGGAUCCCUGCUUCCUAAGGCAGAGCUGGGGAGUGGAUCCCCCGCCUCUGUGAUCACUCUCGGCUGGGCCGGGAGAUCAGUGCAUUUUGGGUGUUUCUGUCACUCGUCUGUCUAACAGGCUGCUGGCAGGAGGGAGGAAGCGUGUGUUCCCAGCACUCCGGAAUCCAGUGGUGCAGAACUCCACUGGCACAAUACAACAGGCUUCAGAUAGAGCUGGAUUUUCAGAAGGCAAAAAUAAUUCAUACGUUGAAUAAAUAAUUUCUUUUUCAGUAAGAUGACUAAUUUAAAUACGAUACAAACAAGGCAUAGCAAAAAUAGAUGAAAAAAGCACUCUUUGUAAAAACA